AUGUUUCAUUCUACUAAGAAAAACAUUUUGAACUGUUUUACCUGCAAUGAAGUGGUCAGUCGUGAAAAACAGCAAAAAAGAUUUACUAAAGUAGAUUUUUUUAUUAUUCUUUUUGGGCUUGUGGUUUAUACAUUUGAUAUUGGAACAGAUCUCUGGACGGCAAAGAACUUUUUGUGUGAAGGCCAGUACUUGAAAGGUAUCCUAAUACUGUCCACAGGACUGUUUUCAUCAAUAAUCAUUCAGUUUUUCAGUUAUACCUGGUUUAAAGAAGAUGAGACUGAAAAUCUUGACUGGGCAUUUUAUCUAUUACAUUCUUUAUAUGGUGGAUUAUUUACAAGAUACUAUUUCACCUUAAAAUAUGGAUAUCAGGCUGCAUUUAUAUCAAACAGUUCCACCAACAGCAACUUAUGCUUCAGUGCAAUGACUGAUAUAAGUAUGCUCCAGCUAUUUAAAGCCUUCCUGGAAAGCACACCCCAGCUUAUAUUUCAGAUCUAUAUUGUGAUGGCAUCUGAAGAUUCUGCUUUUGGUCAAUAUGUUUCCAUCGCGAUGUCUUUCUGCAGCAUUUCCUGUGCAACAGUGAACUAUCAGAUAGUUUUGCGAAAAUCUCUGCCUGAUAAAAAUGAAUUUGGUGGAAUAUUUUGCAAACUUAUAUAUCUUUUCUAUAAACUCAUGACAUUAACUUCUUGGAUACUUACCAUUGUCUUAUUCUCAAUGUUGAGCAUUAUAGGUUCUAUUGUUCUGCUAAUUUUUCUUUGGUUUGGAAAUCUAAGCUGGGUGAUAAAGCAAAACACAGAUUUUUGUAAAUUUAAAUCAGCAGAAUAUGUUUACAGAAUGAUUGUGACAAUCAUUCUCAUUUGUACCUUUUUUAAUAUCAAGGGAGAAAACACAGCAAUUGUCCAGAGUGUUUAUUAUAUUUUUCGAAUAAUUGUAACUGUAAUUUUACUGUGCCUUUGUGGGUACUGGAAAUCAUUACUUGAUGAAAAAAUAUAUUUGUCAGCACUGAUUAUUGCAGUUGUGAUCUUCCUAACAUUGGGUAUUAUUUCUCUUAUUAUAUAUUAUACUCUUUUUCAUCCUAGUAUUUAUUGCACACAAGAUGAAGUUGAUGGACUAGGAGUAGAAAGAGAAGAACCCUGCAGAUUUAGUAAAUUUCUGAUACAAUAA